AUGGCAUUGCCAACUACCGACUCCCCAGAUUCGACGGUCCAGGCAGCGCAAGGUACCGACACGGACCAAGGCGAGAAGGUGUCGACAUCCAACGCCGUCAUGGACGACCCUGAGGAAGACGGUGUCGUCUUGCACGCUAUCACGUCCAUCGGACAGUAUCUGAUGGAAAACGCGCCUGUUUACCGAGAGCUCCAACAGCUGCGUGCAAAGGGAUGGGAAAAUCCAGAGGGCGACCAAUUCUUCGAGAAGCAGAAGCGCCAGGCCGACGAGAACAGCGAGCAGACCGUCCAGCGCCUUAACGACCUGAUGGAAGACAUCGCGAAGGAGAUGCAGUGCUUCACGCGAGCCUUCACCAUCCAAUCAGGCGAGAAGCCCCAGCGCGUCCUCGACCUCUGCAUGGCACCGGGCACUUACCUCGCCAAAGCCCUCGAGCGCAACCCCGCCGCCCACGCCGUGGCUUUCACCCUUCCCCCGGCGCAGGGAGGCCUCUUCCCCAUCGUAAGCGAGUCCGAGACCGUCAAGAUCCACCUCCUCGACAUCACCAUGCUCGCCGCGGACAUGGGCAUCAACCGUACCUUCGACCUCGUCCUCUGCGACGGCGCCAUCCGCCGCACCCACGAGCGAGCCAAAUACCGCUUCCACCGCGAGGCGCGACGCCUCCUCAUCACGCAGCUGACCCUGGGUCUCGAGCACCUGCGUCCCGGAGGCACCAUGAUCGUCCUCCUUCACAAGCUCGAGCGGAUCAACACCAUCCGUCUGAUCCGCGACUUCAAGAAGUUUUCCACCGUCGUGCUGUUCAAGCCCAAGAGCGGCCACGCCAAGCGCUCGUCCUUCUACAUGGUCGCGUCGGCGAUCCGGUCCGCGGACGAGGGGGCGGUCCAGGCCGUGCGGGAGUGGAAGCUGGAGUGGAAGGUCGCCACGCUGGGCACUGAGGAGGAGUGGCGGGAGGACUACUCCGUUGUGGCUGGCUUUGGAGAGCUGGGCAUCGAGGGCGUCCUGGAGGAGUUUGGACCUACGCUGGUGAAGCUGGGCCAGAAGGUCUGGAAGACGCAGGCUGAUGCUCUGAAGGGGGCUUCGUUCAUGAAGAAUUGA